AUGGCACCCAAGAAUCCAAUAUCUGAUCAGCAGCCUCCUCCGCCGGAACUGGAAGAAUCAUCUGAAUCAUCUUCUGAAGAAGAGGAGUCAGUGUCUAAUAAACAUAUUCCUCCGCCAGAGCCAGAAACGAUGAAAGAAUCAUCGGAACAAGAGGAGGAAGAGAGUUCUGAAGAAGAAGGAGAAGAAGAAGGAAUCAAAGUUGUUACUCCUCCAAAGCCCACUUCGAAAGACUCUAAAUCCAUCUCAAAGCACCCCUUUGAAGCUGAGAAAGAUGAUGAAAGCGAUUUGAGAGGUAAGAAAAAGGCUAAAGUUAAUGCUGAAGAGUUCAGGAAAGAUUCGAGUAGUGGAGGUGCUGGGAGGGUGUGGGGUGAGGAGGAUGUAAUCGAUCUUCUUCAAAGCAUGAUUGAUUUUAAGGAUGAAAAAGGGGUUGAUCCUUCUUCUAAUAUGCCUGCUUUUUAUGACUUUGCUAGGGGAAAGUUGCAAUUUGAAUUUUCGAAUACUCAGAUUUAUGAGAAGAUUAGGAGGUUGAGGAUUAAAUUUUUCAAUAAUAUGGAAAAAUAUGAGAAAGGAGGGGAGGACCUUGUUUUCCACAAGCGUCAUGAGGCAGAAACUUUUGAUCUCUCUAAAAAGAUUUGGGGUAAGGGAGGUGAUGGGAUGAUUAAUAAGGGAGUUGAUAAAAAUGUAGAUGGUAAGAGCAACAAUGGCUAUAAUGGCAAAGCAAAAAAAGGUGGUAAAACUGUCCGUUCUGUGGAUAAGAAUGCAGUCAAAGAGUUGGGGAAAGAUGAUCAUGAAGGUGAUUUUGAGUCGAAGUAUCCAUUCUUGAGCCAUUCGAUUGAUAUGGACGUUGGGGGGGGUUUCUUGAGAGAGAAUAUCAGUUUGAUUGGGGACGCCAAGGCAAAGGAUUUGGAGGGCAAGUGGAAGAAAUUCCGCGAAGCUGAAGUAGAGGUUUUAUUGAUGAAGAUGGAUUUGAUGAAGGAGCACACUAAAUUGGUUUUGGAAGGUAUGAAGGAAAGUAAUUAG